GGAACUCGGAAGUCUGAAAUACAAGUGGAUUCAGGCAGAUCCUGGGAACCUGAAAGCUGUGCCUCUCUGGCGACGCCUCCGUAGGAGAGAUUUCUUAGCAAGAUCAGUUGGAGCUCAGCCUUCCACCAUGCCUGUGCCUCCCCCUCCUGCACCCCCGCCGCCCCCAACACUGGCCUUGGCAAAUACUGAAAAACCAACUCUAAGCAGGUCAGAACAAGCAGGGCGAAAUGCUCUAUUAUCUGAUAUCACCAAAGGAAAAAAGCUAAAGAAGACUGUUACUAAUGACAGAAGUGCUCCAGUUCUAGACAAGCCCAAAGGAAGCAGUGGAGGUGGCGGUGGCUUCGGAGGAGGUGGCGGUGGCAGCGGUGGGGGUUUUGGCGCUGGCAGCGGUGGUGGCGGCUUCAGUGGUGGUGGACCACCUGGCCUUGGAGGCCUUUUUCAAGCAGGAAUGCCAAAGCUCAGAUCUGCUGCGAGUCGAGAUGCUGAUGCUGGGGCAGCCCGCCCACCCGCGCUGCCGCCUGGAGCCCGCUCUGCAGCUGCCAAGCCAUUCUCAGCACCGAGCGGCCCGCCUCGCUUCCCAGGGCCACCACUGGGGCAGCGGAGCCCAGCUGCUGACCCACAAAGGAGCCGCCUGCCACCACCCAGGCCCGAUGUGGGUUCUAAGCCUGAUGCCACACCACCACCGGUGCCCAGCACACCCCGCCCCAUUGCCUCCAGUCUGCACAGCCGGGGUUCAACGCCAGUGCCUGUCCUCAACCGCCAGCCCAGCCUGGGGCCGACGCCACCGCCGUUCCCGGGCAGCCGGGGUGCAGGGUCAGCUGGCUCCCUGCGGCAGCCCAGCCCAGGCCCAGCAGCCCCCUACUCGGGCAGACCACCACUGCCACCCACACCUGGCCGCUCACCAGUGGAUGAGAAGCCACCGCCGCCGCCACCUCCCUCCGGGCACCGGCCACCUGCCAGCCGAGACAUGGCUCUGCCGCCACCACCACCACAGAACAACAAGCCGCCUCUAAUAGAUCGGCGGUGCGCAACUCCAAGCGAGAGGGCCGCCAGCCCGAUCUGCUGA